AUGAGACCUUUUCAUGCAUAUAGUUGGAUUUUUUCUCAACAAUAUAUGGAUACAAAAAAUGUUAAGGAAAAAAAUCCCACCAUAUAUUCAUUUGAUGAUGAAGAAAAAAGAAAUGAAAAUAAGAGCUUUUUAAAGGUGUUGUGUUCUAAACGUGGUGUUCUUCCAAUUAUUGGAAUACUAUAUAUCAUUUUAAAUGGUAAUCUUGGAUAUAAUGGAAGUUCAUCUUCUGGCGUACAAUUUACUGAUAGAUGUUCAAGAAAUUUAUACGGGGAAACAUUGCCAGUAAACCCAUAUGCUGAUUCUGAAAACCCAAUAGUUGUAAGUCAGGUAUUUGGUUUACCCUUCGAAAAACCUACGUUUACCUUAGAAAGUCCUCCUGAUAUUGAUCAUACAAAUAUUUUGGGUUUUAAUGAGAAGUUCAUGACUGAUGUAAAUAGAUAUCGAUAUUCUAAUAACUAUGAAGCCAUUCCUCAUAUAAGUGAGUUCAAUCCACUUAUUGUAGAUAAAGUUCUUUUCGACUAUAACGAAAAGGUUGAUAACUUAGGAAGAAGUGGAGGAGACAUUAUAAAAAAAAUGCAAACUUUAUGGGAUGAAAUAAUGGAUAUUAAUAAAAGAAAAUAUGAUUCUUUAAAAGAAAAAUUACAGAAAACUUACAGUCAGUACAAGGUUCAAUAUGAUAUGCCAAAAGAAGCAUAUGAGAGCAAAUGGACACAAUGCAUAAAACUUAUUGAUCAAGGAGGAGAGAACCUUGAAGAAAGAUUGAACUCACAAUUUAAAAACUGGUACAGGCAGAAAUAUUUAAAUCUUGAAGAAUAUAGAAGAUUGACUGUGUUGAACCAAAUCGCUUGGAAAGCUUUAUCCAACCAAAUUCAAUAUUCAUGCAGAAAAAUUAUGAAUAGUGACAUUUCUUCCUUUAAACAUAUAAAUGAAUUGAAAAGUUUAGAACACAGAGCCGCAAAAGCUGCAGAAGCAGAAAUGAAGAAAAGAGCUCAAAAACCGAAGAAGAAAAAAAGUAGAAGAGGAUGGUUAUGUUGUGGGGGGGGAGAUAUCGAAACAGUUGAACCACAACAAGAAGAACCAGUCCAAACCGUUCAAGAACAACAAGUAAAUGAAUAUGGUGAUAUAUUACCAUCAUUAAGGGCCAGUAUUACUAAUUCAGCUAUUAAUUAUUAUGAUACCGUAAAAGAUGGUGUAUACUUAGACCAUGAAACAUCAGAUGCUCUUUAUACAGAUGAAGAUUUGUUAUUUGAUUUGGAAAAACAAAAAUAUAUGGAUAUGUUAGAUACAUCUGAAGAAGAAUCUGUUAAAGAAAAUGAAGAAGAACACACUGUUGAUGAUGAACAUGUAGAAGAACACACUGCUGAUGACGAACAUGUAGAAGAACCAACUGUUGCUGAUGAUGAACAUGUAGAAGAACCAACUGUUGCUGAUGAACACGUAGAAGAACCAACUGUUGCUGAAGAACAUGUAGAAGAACCAACUGUUGCUGAAGAACACGUAGAAGAACCAGCUAGUGAUGUUCAACAAACUUCAGAAGCAGCUCCAACAAUUGAAAUCCCCGAUACAUUAUAUUACGAUAUAUUAGGUGUUGGUGUUAAUGCUGAUAUGAACGAAAUUACUGAACGUUAUUUUAAGUUAGCUGAAAAUUACUAUCCAUACCAAAGAUCAGGUUCUACUGUUUUCCACAACUUUAGGAAAGUCAACGAAGCCUACCAAGUUUUAGGAGAUAUUGAUAAAAAAAGAUGGUACAAUAAAUACGGAUAUGAUGGAAUAAAACAAGUCAACUUUAUGAAUCCAUCCAUCUUUUAUUUAUUAUCUAGUUUAGAAAAAUUUAAAGAUUUUACCGGAACACCCCAAAUAGUAACUCUUUUGAGAUUCUUUUUUGAAAAGAGAUUAUCUAUGAAUGAUUUAGAGAAUAAAAGUGAACAUUUAUUAAAAUUUAUGGAACAAUAUCAAAAAGAAAGAGAAGCACAUGUAUCUGAAUAUUUAUUAAAUAUAUUACAACCAUGUAUAGCUGGUGAUUCAAAAUGGAAUGUACCAAUUAUAACAAAACUUGAAGGUUUAAAAGGAUCUCGCUUUGAUAUACCAAUAUUAGAAUCUUUAAGAUGGAUAUUCAAACAUGUCGCUAAAACACAUUUGAAAAAAUCCUCAAAAUCAGCUAAGAAACUUCAACAGAGAACCCAGGCUAAUAAACAAGAAUUAGCAAAUAUAAAUAAUAACCUAAUGAGUACAUUGAAAGAAUAUGUAGGAAGUAGUGAACAAAUGAAUUCAAUAACAUACAAUUUCGAAAACAUCAAUUCCAAUGUUGAUAACGGAAACCAAUCAAAAAAUAUUUCAGAUUUAAGUUAUACAGAUCAGAAGGAAAUAUUAGAAAAAAUUGUUAGUUAUAUAGUAGAUAUUUCCCUUUAUGAUAUAGAGAACACAGCUUUAAAUGCCGCUGAACAAUUGUUGUCAGAUAAUUCAGUAGAUGAAAAAACUCUUAAAAAGAGAGCUCAAUCAUUAAAAAAAUUAUCAUCCAUUAUGGAGAGAUAUGCAGGUGGUAAAAGAAACGAUAAAAAAGCAAAAAAAUAUGAUACCCAAGAUGUUGUAGGAUAUAUUAUGCAUGGAAUUAGCACAAUUAAUAAAGAAAUGAAAAACCAAAAUGAAAAUGUACCCGAACAUGUACAACAUAAUGCUGAAGCAAAUGUAGAACAUGAUGCUGAAGAAAAUGUAGAACAUGAUGCUGAAGAAAAUGUUGAAGAAAAUGUAGAAGAAAAUGUAGAAGAAAAUGUAGAAGAAAAUGUAGAAGAAAAUGUAGAAGAAAAUGUAGAAGAAAAUGUAGAAGAAAAUGUAGAAGAAAAUGUUGAAGAAAAUGUAGAAGAAAAUGUUGAAGAAAAUGUAGAAGAAAAUGUAGAAGAAAAUGUUGAAGAAUAUGAUGAAGAAAAUGUUGAAGAAGUAGAAGAAAAUGUUGAAGAAUAUGAUGAAGAAAAUGUUGAAGAAGUAGAAGAAAAUGUAGAAGAAAAUGUAGAAGAAAAUGUAGAAGAAAAUGUUGAAGAAUAUGAUGAAGAAAAUGUUGAAGAAGUAGAAGAAAAUGUAGAAGAAAAUGUAGAAGAAAAUGUUGAAGAAAAUGUAGAAGAAAAUGUUGAAGAAGUAGAAGAAAAUGUAGAAGAAAAUGUAGAAGAAAAUGUAGAAGAGAAUGUUGAAGAGAAUGUUGAAGAGAAUGUUGAAGAAUAUGAUGAAGAAAAUGUUGAAGAACACAAUGAAGAAUAUGAUGAAUAA